AUGCGUCAUUAUGAUUUUCGUGGUGGUCCAUGUGAUAAAUAUGGUGCAGCAAAAUUUCAUCGUAAACGUUGUACAGUUGGUGCUGGUCGUAAACAUAAAAUAUUAUCCGGUAAACGUAUGGCUGGUUUAAUGGGUUAUAAAUUACUUAUGAUGAAAGGUUUAAAUGUUUGGCGUAUAAAUACAAAAUAUAAUGUUCUUUAUUUAAUGGAUCCAGCUGUACCUGAUCCUAAGCAUGGUUAUGCGUAUAUAAGAUUCAACAUUAUAUGA